AUGCGCGCCAAUGGACAAGGCCAAAACGCUCUGGACUUGGCCGUCGCUAAUGAUCAUAAGGACAUUGUAAACUUUCUGCUGGCUCACGUCAUUGAACGGCACGCGGGCCUGGCCGAACGCACGGGUCCCCCUUGUCCAGCCACAGUUUCAGUCCGGCUGUCAACAGGUAGAACGCAAACGUCAUCGGGGCCUGGACAACUUACGACGUGCGUGGAACCGAGCAAGUCAGGCAGUUUAUCCUCCUCCUCCUCCUCCUCCUCAUCAUCAUCAUCAUCCUUCUUCUCCGUCUACUCACAACCACUCCUAGUUACC